AUGGAUCCAGGGUUUAAUUUAAAAUGGAUGAUAAGAUUAUACAGAAAAGGCUUAAGUAAAGUGCAAGAUUUGUACAAAACAUUACUAACAGAUCAAUCAGACCACCUUGGAGAUGUUUUGGAGAGCAAAUGGAACGAAGAAAUAGCAAAGGCAAAGGCGAACAACAAAAAACCUAGUCUUAUCAGGGCACUGGCCAAAACAUAUCUAGGCAAAUACAUGUGUUGGGGUGUGGUUAUGUUUAUACAAUAUGCUAUAAUAAGACCUAUUCAGCCAAUGAUUUUGGCACAGUUAUUAAAGUUGUUCACGAGUUAUGCACCCAAAGAUAGUGGUGUUAUUAGAGAUAUGUAUCUCUAUGGUAGUGGUGUUGUAGUUUUUUCCUUACUGAAACUGAAUAAAUCAGCCCUUAAAAACACAGCUGCAGGUCAGGUUGUAAACCUUCUAUCCAACGAUGUAAACAGAUUUGGUUUGGCGGUCCUACAAAUGCACUUUUUGUGGAUAAUGCCUUUCCAAAUAGGUCUUGUGACCUUCUUCAUUUGGCAGAAAGUGGGCAUAUCAACGUUGGCUGGCGUAGUAAGCAUGGCACUCUUCACCAUACCUGGACAAGGUUAUCUUGGCAAAGUAACAUCAAAUCUGCAAAGAAAAAUCGCUUCGAAAACUGAUCGAAGAGUUGUACUUAUGAACGAAGUUAUAUCAGGUAUACAAGUUAUUAAAAUGUAUGCUUGGGAAAAACCGUUCGAAAAGCUCAUCCACUGGGCGAGAAUAACUGAAAUUCACAGUUUAACCAAGUCAGCAUACCUACAAGGAAUUUUUUUGAGUUCUAUGGUGUUCAUAGAACGAACCACGUUGUUUUUGACAUGCGUUUGUUUCGUACUCACAGGGCAUGUCUUAACGGCAGACAUAGUUUUCCCAAUAGCCCAAUUCUUCAACAUACUCCAGAUGACGAUGGCUAUGUUAUACCCAGCCGCUAUAACCUACGGCGCUGAAAGUUUGGUGGCUAUAAGACGUCUCGAGAUUUUUUUAUUUCUCGAUGAAAAGCAGGAAGCCGAUCUUAAACACACCAACGAUGGAAGCUUGGUUGUGUCAAACGUGGAUGCAGAGUGGGUGGAAGGAAACACCUUGUUAGAAAAUAUUUCUUUUACUGUACCUAAAGGAUCGUUAUGCGCUAUUAUAGGUCCUGUAGGUUCCGGAAAGACUACAAUGUUGCAGCUGUUUUUGGGAGAGUUGAUAGCAAAGACUGGCAAAAUUAGCAUUGGGGGUGAAAUAUCAUACUCAUCUCAAGAAGCCUGGCUUUUUUCAUCUUCUGUAAGAAACAACAUUCUAUUUGGUUUGGAGUAUAAUUAUCUACGAUAUAAACAAGUUAUUAAGGUUUGUGCUCUUGAAAAAGACUUGAAACAGUUCCCACAAGGCGAUAAAACCGUCAUAGGAAAAAUAGGUGUCUCUCUAAGUGGUGGUCAAGGAGCUAGAAUUAAUCUAGCUCGUGCUAUAUACAGACAAGCUGAUAUAUAUUUACUUGAUGAUCCAUUAUCAGCGGUUGAUACUCACGUUGGACGUUACCUAUUCGACGAACGCAUAUCCAGACAUUUAAUGGACAAAACCAGGGUUUUAAUAACGCAUCAACUACAGUAUCUUAAAACGGCUGAUCAUAUUAUUGUUCUGGAUGAGGGAAGGAUUGCAGAUCAAGGAACAUUCGAGGAAUUAUCAAACAGCAAUUUGGACUUCACCAAGCUUCUAAUAGCUUUGGAUGAACAGCAAGAUAAACCUAAAGAACCCGUGGUAGAAAAAUCUUUGUCUAGAAGGAUGUCCAGAAAAAGUUUUGCCAUAUCAUGCUUGAGCUCCAUCUCUGACAGCGUUAAAAUGGAGCUACAGGAAUCCAAAGUCGAGGAGGAUAAGGAGGAAGUUGUAGGCGAUUCAUCACCAUUUAAAGAAUACUUUAAAGCAGCUGAUAGCACAUGUGCAUUAAUAUUACUUGUUAUAACAGUCAUAUUGGGCCAAAUCGCUUCUUCUGGGGCUGAUUACUGGGUAACCUACUGGACCCAACAGGAAGCCAUAAGGCACGCUAAUGACAGCAUAUUAAAGGUAGACGAACCCAGUAUGGUUCUACUAAACAACACUAGUAACUCAACAACCAACAACUUCUUCUACCAUGCUGCAAACACCGUUUCAUCAUUCUUCGACACAACUUUGAACGGCAAUUUCACGGAAAAUAACUUAAUGAAAACGAAUCGUGUGCAUGAGGGCGUCAAGAAAUCUCCACAAAAAGAUGUUCAAUUGUUUGUUGAAGGCGCCGAUAAGGUUUUCGAUACCAACCCCAGUGGAAGUGUUCUAAAUAGGUUUUCUAAGGAUAUGGGAGCUAUCGAUGAAUUGUUACCUAGGGUUAUUAUCGUAGCUCUACAAGUUACAUUGGUAAUGAUAGGUAUUUUGGUUAACGUAUUCAUAUCAAAUCCGUAUGUAAUUAUAGCUGUGAUUGUAUUGGGUAUACUUUUUAUUUUCUUGAGAAAUUGGUACAUUGUCACAACUAAGGCUCUCAAACAUAUUGAAGGAAUAACUACUGAAGUAAAUGGCAGUUUGGUAGGUCUUGCCAUAUCCCAAUCCUUGAUCCUAACGGGCAUGUUGCAAGGCGGCAUGUCUCAUACUGCCGAAGUUAUAAAUCAGCUUAUCAGUGUCGAGAGGGUGUUGCAUUACACAAAAAUAGAACAAGAAGGCCCGUUUGAAACUGAUGAGCAUAAAAGACCGUCGAAAUCCUGGCCCGAUAAAGGCGAUGUCAGAUUUAAAAAUCUGUAUUUGAAGUAUGUUGAAAGUGACCCCCCCGUUUUGAAGAACCUUAACAUAGAUAUUCAUCCAGGAGAAAAAACUGUCGCCAAUAGAAGGAAACCUGAUAAUAGAUGGGCUAGACACGAAAUCGGUUUAAGCGACUUGCGUAAAAAAAUAUCCAUCAUCCCUCAAGAACCGGUUUUGUUUUCCGCCACGUUGAGAUUUAAUUUGGACCCCUUCCAAGAAUAUGAGGAUGAUCAACUAUGGAGAGCUUUAGAAGAGGUCGAAUUAAAAGAUGCAGCAUCAUCCCUUGACUUCCAGGUAUCAGAGGGUGGUAGUAAUUUCAGUUUAGGUCUGAGACAGUUAAUUUGCCUAGCUAGAGCAAUUUUACGUAAUAAUAAAGUUCUUGUUCUUGACGAAGCCACUGCAAAUGUAGACCCACAGACGGAUUAUUUAAUUCAAAAAACAAUACGAACCAAUUUUGCAAAUUGUACAGUACUUACCAUAGCACACAGACUUAACACUAUAAUGGAUUCAGAUAAAGUCUUGGUUAUAGAAUCAGGCACAAUGGUGGAAUUCGACCAUCCUCACUUGUUACUGCAAAAUCUCGAUGGGUACUUCCACAAAAUGGUUCUGGAAACUGGCCCCAGUAUGACUUUACAACUCAAAGAUGUAGCGCAAGAAGCAUACGAAAGUAAAUCGAAAUUGCGCGUUUUUAAAUCUUAUUAA